AUGUCUUUCGUCACACAAGCCGAGAUCAGGUCGUUUGGAGGCAAGCUGGUCAAGCUCCAGCACGACUCCAAGGAAACCCAGACCAAAAUGGAUGUCAACCUUUACCUGCCCGAACAGUACUACGAGCAGCCAGAUUCGAAGUUGCCGGUGCUGGUCUAUCUUUCCGGACUGACCUGUACUCCCAACAAUUGCUCGGAGAAAGGUUUCUGGCAGCCAUAUGCCAACAAGUACGGCUUUGCGGUGGUUUAUCCAGACACUUCUCCUAGAGGAGCCUCGAUCGAGGGAGAGGACGAGAGUUAUGAUUUUGGCAGCGGUGCCGGGUUCUACCUCGACGCCACCGAGGAAAAGUGGUCAAAGAACUACAGAAUGUACUCCUACAUUCUGAAGGAGUUGCUGCCAGGGCUGGCUUCCUCGUACACUCGGCUGGAUUUUGAUAAUAUGUCGAUUACAGGACAUUCCAUGGGAGGUUACGGAGCAUUAAUGUUCUAUUUCAGAAACCCAGGCAAGUUCAAGAGCGUGAGUGCGUUUGCUCCGAUCUCGAACCCGUCCAACUGUGCGUGGGGUCACAAGUGUUUUGGCGGAUACUUGGGCGCGGACAAGUCCAAAUGGGCCGAGUACGAUCCGUCCGAGCUGAUCAAGAAAUACGACGGUCCGGACACCCCGAUUCUGAUUCACACGGGAACUGCCGAUCCGUUCUAUUUCAGAGACCACCAGCUGCUGCCUGAGAACCUUGUCAAGGCGAGCGAAGACUCCAAGCUCAAGGGCAAGAUCGAUCUGCAUUUGGAAGAAGGCUAUGACCACUCCUAUUACUUCAUCUCAUCCUUCACCAAGGACCACGCUGCCCACCAUGCAAAAUACCUGGGUCUGAGCCCUAAGCUGUGA